AGAAAGAAGAAAAACGUUCCUGGUUCGCGAAGGGGGAGCACGACCGCGGCAGCCGCACGAGGAGAUCGAACUUGGGGCUGGAAACUGAGUCUAGACCAUUCCUGGAUGCGAUUCCGUGCGAAAGGGUACGAUUGGAAGAAAAAAAAGUAGAGUUGCUCUGAGGGUCGACACUUCUGCUGGCUGGUUGCUACCUAGACCGGCUACUACAGUUUACAGAAUCAAACAGACGAUAUACAUGGACUACUUCUUCCUCUUCAAAUCAUUUUGGUGAUCGAAUCUAGUCUCUAAAGAGAGAGGGAUGGGGAGAAUAGCAGUUGCCUUAAUUGUGAGCUCGUGGGUUAUUCCUAUCUCCAUCCUCGUCAAUCACAUUGUUCCUGACCCUUACAUGGAUGAGAUAUUCCACGUGCCUCAGGCGCAGCAAUAUUGCAAGGGAUAUUUCACUAGUUGGGAUCCUAUGAUCACAACUCCUCCUGGAUUGUACUAUGUUUCACUUGCCUAUGUUGGUUCUCUGUUUCCAGGAAUGUUUUGUGUGAAAGUUGUUUCAUCGUUUUAUGAGGCUUGCUCAUCGUCUAUCCUAAGGUCGACAAAUGGUGUUUUGGCCGUAAUCUGCAGCAUUUUGGUUUAUGAAGUAAUCACCCAGUUGAGGCCUACUCUGGAUGAAAGGAAAGCAACUGCUUUUGCUGUAGUAAUGGCGUUGUACCCCCUCCACUGGUUCUUCACUUUUCUUUACUACACUGAUGUAGCAUCUGUUACUGCUGUGCUUGCUACUUACCUGGCAUGUCUUAAAAGGAAGUAUGCCUGCAGUGCAUUGCUUGGAUUGUUCGCAGUAUUGCUACGACAAACAAACAUCAUCUGGAUAUUAUUUGUUGCUUGCAUUGGGAUUAUAAACUGCACUCUUGUCCAUGAAGAAACUGAUGGGAAAAAAAUUGAUAGUAUCGAUGUAUCAGCAGAAAGAGAUGGUCAGGAGACACUCAGUGUCAGAGAGCGCUCCAUCUUGAGAAAGCGCAGGCUUGGUACUUCUGAGAAUUCUGUCAAUCAUUAUAGUCAGAUGACAAACUCUCCUUCCCUUGUUUAUUCAUCAGGUAUAAUUGAUGAAGUCAAUUGCUUGUUGCUAAGGAUGUGGCAUCUGAAGUGGAAGCUGUUGUUUUCCUUUAGUCCCUUUUUAUUAGUGUUGGUUGCUUUUGUUGCUUUUGUUCUUUGGAAUGGAAGCAUAGUUCUCGGUGCAAAAGAUGCACAUGCAGUCUCAGCACAUGUGGCACAAAUUUUGUAUUUCGGUUUGGUUUCUGCUUUGUUUAUUGCUCCUCUUCACUUCACGCCUAACCACAUAGCCUUUUAUGUCCGGUCGUUUUGGAGUAACAAAUUCCGUAGUAUUAUUCAGUGGUUCAUGGCACUCAGUGUUGGAUUCCUCUCCGUUCACUUCUUCAGCAUAGCCCAUCCUUACCUUCUUGCGGAUAAUCGACAUUACCCAUUUUACAUUUGGAGGAAGAUUAUUAACGCUCACUGGGCAAUGAAGUAUCUUCUGGUUCCCCUUUAUGUUUACUCUUGGUUCUCCAUCCUAAGAAAUCUGGAAAAAUCUCGAAAGAAGAUAUGGGUGUUGGUUUAUUUUGUGUGUUGUGUUGCGACUCUUGUUCCAGCUCCACUGAUAGAAUUCAGAUACUACACAAUACCAUUCUUUUUCCUGGUUUUGCAUUGUGAAGAUAUUUUUGAUUACAGGAGCCUUGUCUUGAUGGGCAUGGCUUAUGUGACUAUCAAUGUCUUCACAAUGGUCAUGUUCUUGUUUAGGCCCUUCAAGUGGGACCAUGAACCCGGGCUCCAGAGGUUCAUAUGGUAAAAACACACACUUGUACAAACUUCCCAUUUAGACAUAAUAUUGAAUUUUGGUUGAUUACUAAACUAUUUGAAUCCUUAAACGCAAGUUAUAACUUUAUUAA